CAACACCUUAAAAAAAAAACAUGGCAUCAACCAGUGGUUCCGGCGCGUCCGCGACCCAGUACGACGUGUUCCUGAGCUUCAGAGGGCCCGACACUCGCAACAACUUCACCGACGUCCUCUACCGGACCAUGGUCGGCCAGGGGAUCUUUGCCUACAGAGACAGCGAAGAGCUCCACGCCGGUGACCGGAUCGACGAUCUCCUGAGAGAAGUUGGCAACUCCAAGAUCUGCAUACCUGUCUUCUCCAGAGGCUACGCUUCGAGCCCUUGGUGCCUCCGUGAGCUGGCUCGUAUGAUGGAGCUCUAUGAAUCGACCGGGAAGCCGGAGAUCCUACCCAUCUUCUUUGACGUCUCGGCCUCUGACGUCAAGCUCAGGACGGAACUGUACGCGGAGGGCUUGGAGAAGCACGAGCGGAGGCACGGGAACGAGAUCAGGCAACGGUGGAAGGCGGCUCUGAGAAAAGUGGGUGAGAUCAAGGUAUGGGAAGUCCAAGGGAAACCAUACGGUGAAGUUAUUGAACUCGUUCUUGAGGUUGUGCCUUUCAGAUGUUCCCGUGCCAUCUUCAGAGUUGGGUUGCCUACCUCGACUUAGAGAACUCACUUUAUCCGGCAUGGACAGUUUCAACUCUGCAGUUGUUGGACCACAAUUUUCCAACUUGAAAAACUUGCUAAGAUUAUGUCUUUAUCGCUGUCCACCGAGGGAAAUUCAACUCGAUGGGCUUGAACUAUUGAGAGAUUUGACUGUGGAAGGAUGCAAGUUUCUCAAGGGGUUGUCAAUUAUUUCAUCAAGCUUGAGGAAGCUCCGUGAAAUGGAGGUUGUAAGUUGCCCAAGGCUACUUGAAAUUCGAUUUCUCGAUGCGA